GACCGUAAAGAACGGAAAAUAAUGUCGCUUUACAAACUUGUCUGUGUUUUUGUCCUGGCUAGCGCAACGGUGAAAGGUAUUGUUUAUCAGGGUUGUUAUGAAGAUAAUCGUAUCAAACGUGUCCUUCCGUAUAUGCUGGUAAACUCACCAAACAACAACACACCAGCGGAUUGUGCACGUCGUUGCAGUGACUACAGAUAUGCUGGCGUACAGUACUGGUCGGAAUGUUAUUGUGGUAAUACGCUGAACGCCACGCUAAUGCCGGAAUCGGAGUGUAGGCUAAGCUGUCCUGGAGACAAACGCACGAAAUGUGGUGGUCAUUCGAUGAUAAGCAUCUAUACAAAUUGGGCAUGCGGACCACCCCCUACAAUUGCAAACGGAAAUGUAACGUUACGCAAGGGUAUCAAUGUAACAUACGGUUCAAUCGCUGAUAUUUUCUGUGGCUCGGGUUUGAUCAAAAAAGGAACAAUCACUUGCCUUUCAAAUACAUCAUGGGAACAAACGACUUGCGAACAACCAAAAACUGAAACUGUUUCUACCAUGAGCACAGUAAGAGUAGUUACAACGAAUUCGUCAACCCAUGAAGGAUCCACUACUGCUGUAUAUGUAGGUAUCGGUGUUGCAGUUGGAUUAGUGUGCGCAGUCGGAGCAGUGAUUGUCAUUAUUGUACUGCGAAGAAGAGGUGCAUUUGCGUGCAAAAAUGGGAAGAAUACUGACACAAAUGACACUUCUGCCGGCGGAUCACACACGUUAGGAAUCCGACCACAUGACAAAACCUGUGAAAAUCAAGUCUAUUUCGUGCAAUCAUUUAAAGGCACUGUCGAUCAUUAUAACUCAGCAGAACCAGCUGAGAGCAAUUGUGAUGCUGAUCAUUAUUAUUCAACCGAGGUCACUGACCAAACAUAUGAACGUAUGCCUGAUGGCAACGAUGAGUAUGACCACACAACGAAUACCUUAUCAUCUGAAUCCGAUAGCAGGAAACGGGAUAAUAUAUACAACAAACCUAAGAUAGAACGGCACGGAGCCUAUGACCACACAGGAAGACUCGAGAAUAACAUGACUCGUACAGGCGACGACUACGACACAACUCAGUUUGUGGGCAGGAACGAUGAUGUCUCGGACUAUAAUCAUGUUGUUAGUACAACCGUUACACGAGGAUAUGGAAAGAACAAUUAUGAACAAGGGGGCUAUGAUUUGUUCCAUGGGAUAAAGACAAAACUUCCACAAUGCGACGAUACGGAUUAUGCUCACGCCAACAUUUAGAAAGUCAUUGAGUAAAGAAAUUAUGGAAUAUUUAUUUUUGUAUAGAUGUAAAUUCACGUGUAGGACAUCUUUAGUAUAUUAAAAAAAUAUAUCAUUAAUAUAUAAGGUGUAACACCUGCAAUAUUUAAAGCAUGUUCAUAGCAUCGAACGAUUAGUGGAGUGAUUGUAUUGGUACAAUGUUUUGCGCGUGUACUUCAAACAUGAUUGCAUAUACGUACAUGUUGCAGUAAUAACAAAUAAUUGUACUUAAGCCACACAGUUGCCGUAAUUAAGUUCCUUAUAUUAAGAUUGGAGAUUCAAUUAGCUUGCUUGCUGCAUAUUGCAUUACAAAGAUAUCUCAGGUAACUGGACACUUUAUUUGGAAAUGUAUCUAUGAUUUGUUUCUAAACUUGUACAAAUAAAUUAAAGGUCAUGUUCUUAAAUUGUUACGUCGAAAAUUUAAUAUAAACGGCCGCCGGUUAAAAAUUGUCAAAAGCAAAUGUUCGAAAGCUUAAAUACCCUUUUUCUUUAAGGUUUGCCUCUUAAUUU